ACUCAUUGUCGAUCCUUCUCAUGACUAAGACAUGAUGUCAAGUCACUGCUGUGCCGCAGGAAGGGCACAGCACCACCACUCACAAUGGUUGCGUGGACUACACAGUGGGUUUUGUCUCAUCUCAGGUUGCGUGCACUAUAGCCUGCCUUGUUUUUAUCUCCAAUCUCCCUCCUGUCAGCCCCGUGCGGACGCGGCUGAUGUUGGCAAGCUGUGGCACUGAGGGUUAAAUGAACUGGGCGUUGGUGAAAAUGUGAGCCUUUUCGCAUGAGUUGGUGCAGCAGCAGCAGGAGAGAAGGGGUGGUCGGGUAACUCAUCAUGUGUUGAUUCUAGCAUCAGUAAAGUGCGGGAACUUGUCGAAGGAAUCAUGAGAUCCGUGACACUGGUCAAGGGGAGCAGCUGAAGCUUACCACAUCCACCCUGUCAUCAGCCUUGGGUAGUUGUCCUCUACUUCUACCCCAAUUGGCGCUGUGUAGAUUUAUUCUUGAGCGCUCCCUUCCUUCCUGCCUGAACUCCCUCACAGUGUUUUUUUGCACUCCCGGGUUGCUUGCAGUCGAGAGAUGGUUGCUUUGGGGAAAUAAAAGCUGCGGCGUUUGGGGUCGAAGUUGGAUCUUUUUCCUCUGAGGAUCGUCGAAUCUGGACCUAAGCUGCAGCGAGUGCUGUGUUGACAGAAGCCCAGCGAUGAAGCCUGGAGGUAGUAGUGCGAGUUUGUGGUUUGACUUGAGAAGGGAUUGAGCUAAGAAGAAGAUUUGCAAUGGUUCUGGCAAAGCUGUUGGUGCACCGUCUUCAGAUUACAGUAGUGUUGCAUUGCACGCCUCUUGUCGUGAGACUGAGUUCAGUGUAAUACAUUUAUCAUGGCGCGGCUGUGGGGCUCAAUUUUUAUCUUGGUGUUCUUCUCCUUGGUUUCUUCAUUGGAGCUAGUCAGCUCCGCAUCAGAAGUUACGUCAAGUCGUUCCAAGGCGAUUGCCAGUUUCCAAAGUUGGGUAGACAGAGUUGGCGCAAACCAUUCUGCUUUCGAAAACACGGCGAAGUCCUCAGGCAGUACUGGAGACUUGUCCCGCAAGGUCGCCGAGGGGGUGAUUGUAGUUGAUCAGAGUGGCGCCGGACAUUAUAAGACCAUCAAUGAAGCAAUCAAUGCAGUCCCUCUUCACAACAAAUAUGCGGUCACCAUCAAAGUGAACCCUGGAAUAUACAUUGAAAGGGUAAUGGUACCCAAGAGCAAGUGGCGCAUUACUUUGCAAGGAUCUGGCCGAGAUGUGACCAAAAUCACGUCGAGAAAUGCUGCAGGCGAUACAGGGACAACGUACACAACCUCAACCUUCGGCGUUAGCGCUCCUUACUUCACAGCGAGAAACAUCACAUUUGAGAACUCGUCACCUCUUCAAAUCGGAGGAGCUCAGCAACAAGCGGUCGCGUUGCGAACAACGGGCGAUUUUAAUGCCUUCUACGGAUGUGCUUUCCUUGGGCAGCAGGACACUCUCUACGACGACAGAGGCCGCCAUUACUUCAAAGAAUCUCUUAUUGUGGGCUCUGUAGAUUUCAUUUUCGGCGACGGGAAAUCAUUGUAUCAGAACUGCGAGUUGAGAGUGCUACCCUCAUCUGGUGGAUCUCUAACAGCCCAAAAGAGGUUGAGCUUCAGUGAGGAUACUGGCUAUUCUUUUGUGAACUGCAAAAUUACGGGCUCCGGCCCUUCUACAGUGUACUUGGGACGGGCAUGGGGACCUUAUUCUAGAGUGGUAUUCGCUUACUCCGAGUUCGCCGACAUCAUCAACCCUGUAGGCUGGUACAAUUGGGCUGAUCCCGCCAGGGAACGCACCGUGUUUUACGGGCAAUACAAGUGCUUCGGACCUGGCGCAAACGAAGCAAGCAGAGUUGGGUGGUCUGUAGAACUCACCGACGCUCAGGCCGCACCCUUCAUGACCCUUGGGUACAUCGAUGGUGGAUUGUGGGUGACAGAAGAAUGAAGUUGAGAGUGAGGUUAAAAAUGGAUCCGAAUACGGAGUUGUAAACCGUGUUAUAAUUUGCUGUCAUGGUCAGAGGAUUGAGGAAAACAGCAUUAAUUGUGAACAUGAACGACAGUAAGAAUGGUGCUCUUGUGAAGGUACUCUUGAAAUUUCAUUAAGCACUCAUUUCCAAAAUGUGGUACCUGAAAGAGUACUGUACUGAACUCUGCGUCAGAAAUGAGAUAUAUGAUGCUUCUCUCACUCUCCGGAGCUGUAAGAUGAGUCAAAUGCUUCAAUAAUUUCCCAAGAUAUUCAUUUC